AUGGCGGGGUUGUAUGCAGCGUUGGUGGUCGCUUUAUUCCCCUUGUGCAACGGGAAGAUCUUCACUAAUGACUGGGCCGUAAAGGUGGCCCACCGGGACGCCGCAGACAGGAUAGCUGAGAAGCACGGCUUCACGAAUAUGGGUCAGAUAGGACAUCUGGAAAACUAUUUCAGUUUCCGCCACAACGACACGGCGAGCCGAUCCACGGUGGCCAACCGGAUUCUGUCAGAGCGCAUCGCCAAGGAGACCCAGGUGCGGUGGCUUCAACAGCAGGUGGUCCUCAACAGAGCCAAGAGAAACUCCAGGGCGAGUCACAUCUACUCCAUAGACGUGAAAACCAAACACACCCCUGCCACGGGACCGCACACCAGCCGCCCUCCGGCACUCUACUUCAACGACCCCCAGUGGAACAACCUGUGGUACAUCCAUUGCAGCGGGGACUCCGGGGGCUGCCCCUGCGACAUGCGCAUCGAGGAGGCCUGGAGCCGGGGCUACACGGGGAAGGGCGUGGUGGUGUCUGUCCUGGAUGACGGCGUGGACAGGGAACAUCCGGACCUCAAGUCAAAUUAUGACCCACUGGCCAGCGAGGAUGUGAAUGGAAAAUACAGAGAUCCCUCCCUGAAGGAAAUUGCCAAUGCUGACAACCACGGGACUAAAUGUGCCGGGAUCGUUGCCGCGGCAGCCAACAACUCCCAGUGCACCGUGGGAGUCUCCUUCCAGGCCUGGAUAGGCGGCGUGCGGAUGCUGGACGGAGACGUGACGGACCUAGUGGAGGCCCAGUCCCUGGGCCUAAGGCCGGAGCAUGUGGACAUCUACCUGGCUGUCUGGGGACCGGAGGACGAUGGGGCCACACUGGAGGGGCCCGGACCACUGGCUAGCCUCGCCCUAAAGAGUGGAGCCCUGACAGGCAGACAGGGAAAGGGAUCCGUCUUUGUUUGGGCGUCGGGGAACGGGGGCAGAAGGGGCGACCAUUGCUCUUGUGACGGCUACGCCAACAGCAUCUACACAAUCUCCAUCAGCAGUGUCGGUCAGGGUGGAGGGAGGCCGGACUACCUGGAGGAGUGCUCCUCCACCCUGGCCACGGCCUACGGCGGAGGGGACAGAGACGGAAGCAUGAUCACGCUAGCGGGAAGCCACGGCUGUAUCAAGGAUCAUUCCGGAACGUCGGCCUCUUCCUCCAUGGCCGCGGGAGUCAUCGCUCUCGCGCUGGAAGCCAACCCCAUGCUAACGUGGAGGGAUGUGCAGCACAUUAUCGUCAAGACGGCCCAGUCGGCGCAUCUCCCCGCGCCCGACUGGCACGUCAACGGGGCCGGAUACAAGGUGAGCCAUCUGUACGGCUUUGGUCUGCUGGAUGCCGAGAGCAUGGUGAAGGAGGCGGAGGGCUGGAGGGUGGCCCCCCAACACCACGUGUGUGAGGAGGAGGCCCCCGUGCAACUGAACGGGCCGAUGGGCCCUGGCUCUGUGCUGAGGUCCGUGGUGAGCACGCUGGGCUGCUCCGCCAGCCCCCUGACGCACGUGGCCUACGUGGAACACGUGGUGGUCCGCGUCACCGUCAGUGGCGGUCGCCGUGGCGACCUCUCCAUUUCGCUGACAUCACCCUCGGGCACGGUGUCCCGGUUGCUGUCCUACAGGCCUCUGGACGGCUCCAUGGAGGGCUUCUCGCGCUGGGAGUUCAUGACGACCCACUGCUGGGGGGAGGAGUCGGCCGGGGAGUGGCUGCUGGAGCUCCAGCAAGCGCCCGCUGCCCAGAGACCCGACGCGGGGAAACUAGCCGGGACGGUGAGAGAGUGGACCCUGGUACUUCAUGGCACCUCGGAGCCACCGUACUCCACCCGGCGGGAGAAGGCGCGGUCAGCUGACAUGGCGACGGGUGGCGGCGGCGGCGGCGGCGGCGCAGAUGACCUCACCGAUGAAUACAGCGGGCCGUGUGACCCCGAGUGCAGCGACGACGGCUGCGAGGGUCCGGGCCCCCAGCAGUGCGUCAUGUGUUUGCACUUUUUCCUCAAGUUCAAGAACAACACAAGAUCUUGCGUCUCGGCGUGUCCGGCCGGCUCGUGGGGCGACCGGCGUCGCUGCAAGCGGUGCUUCCCGACCUGCGGGAGCUGCAGCGGCAGCCGCAGCGACCAGUGUGUCACGUGCCAGCCGGGCCACCACCUCAGCCAUGAGACCCCCGGUCUGUGCGUCACCAGCUGUGAGGCGGGCGGUUACCUGUAUCACGAUGCAAAUACGUGCAAGAAGUGCAGCGAAAACUGCUUGAAGUGCACCUCUUCCAGCAUCUGCACAGAAUGCAAACCAGGCACAAGUCUGCAGGGAAACCGGUGCCAGACGAGCUGCGGUCUGGGCUUCUACCUGGACACCGAGGACAACACCUGCGAGCCCUGCGACCGGGCGUGCGCCACCUGUGCAGGUGGGGGGGUGGAGGCCUGUGACCAGUGUGCGGCGGGCUACCUGAUGGAAGAGUGGAGGUGUGUGUCGUCCUGCAGCCCCGGCUUCUACCUGGUGGGGGCCGGGGGGCCCGAGGAGACCGCCUCCAGUCAGGGGACGUGUAGGAGGUGCGACCCCAGCUGCGGGACGUGUUCGGGGCCGGUUGGGGACCUCUGCACCAGCUGCUCCGGGGGCCACAGCCUUCACGAGGGCGCAUGUGUGCUGAGCACCGUGUGCGGGGACGGCCUGUACCAGCAAGAGCAGGGGCCCUGCCAGCCCUGCGACCAGACCUGCGUGAAGUGCGCGGGCCCCGGGAGCCACCAGUGCAUCAGCUGUGCUUCUUCACGCUUCCUAGACGAGGGGGCCUGUGUGGAGGCGUGCCCCCCAGGGAGGUACGGCUCCGGGGGCCGCUGCCACCUGUGUGACCAUACCUGCGCCACCUGUGUGGACGACGGGGGAGCCAGCUGCUCCAGCUGUGACAUGGAUAAGUUCCGGUUGGACCGCUACCUGUUCGAGCGCCAGUGUGUGCAGACCUGCCCCGAGGGCUUCCACCACAGCCGCAACCAGACCUGCGAGGCCUGCCCCGCCCACUGCCAGCUCUGCAGCGGGCCGGGCCGCUGCCUGGCCUGCAACGCCUCCUUCUACCUCUCGGAGGGCGUGUGUGUGAAGCAGGAGUGCGGGGAAGGGGAAGUGGAGGAUCCAGAUUAUGAUGACUGCAUGGCGUGCGAGGAGGGCUGUAAAAAGUGUGUCCUGUAUAACCCCAGGCACUGUCUGUCCUGCACCCAGGGCUUCUACAACUUUCAGGAUGGCUGCUACAAAUACUGCCCGGCUAAGACGUACAGCGUGGAGGCCGAUAUGACCUGCGUGCCCUGCGAUCCGAGUUGUGUGAGCUGCGAUGCGCACCAGUGCUACUGGUGUGAGACGGACCUGUUCUUAUCGGAGGGAGUGUGCGUUGCGGCGUGCCUGGACGGCGCCUAUGCGGACGACGACACCCACGUGUGUGAGGAGUGUCACCCGGGCUGCCUGACCUGCGCCGGGCCCGAGGAAGAAGACUGCCUCUCGUGUGCGGCGGGGAAGCGGCUGGCUGGAGGAAGAUGCGCUGCCGACCAGGUGCUCUGUCCUGGUAGGACCUUUCAAGGCGAUGAUGGAGUUUGUAAGGAAUGCCAUCCUGUCUGUGAGACCUGUUCUGGGAGGGAGAGAAACCAGUGUACAACAUGUGGCAAAGGCCGCUACCUGACCCAGCAGCGGACGUGUGUGUCCCGGUGUCCCCCGGCCAGCUUUGAGGACGUGGCGCGGGGUGUGUGCCAGGCGUGCGCCCCCGGCUGCGUGCAGUGUGAGGACGCCCAGCGCUGCCUCCACUGCCAGCCCCCCCUCCAGGCAGCAGCAACCUGGCUGCUGCAGGACGGGACCUGCGUCCACCAGUGUGACAGGGGGUACGCCGUGGGCCAGGUGUGUCACAGCUGCGCCGAGGGCUGUGCGUCCUGCGGGCAGAACAGCACCCACUGUCUGAGCUGCCAGCCCCCCCUCCUGCUGCUCCAGACGCGCUGCGUGUCCACCUGCCCCCCCGACCACCUCGCCCAGGGGGGGAGCUGCCUACGCUGCCCCCCCGCCUGCCAGCGAUGCACCCCGCCCGGACAGUGCACCGAAUGUGAGGAGUACCACUUCCUCCACGAAGGCCACUGUGUGCUCGACUGUCCCGAGCGUUUCUACGACGACGCGGAUCAGAGGGUCUGCGGGGGCUGCCACCCCACCUGCCUGCUGUGUGACGGACCCGGCAGCAACGACUGUGACACCUGCUCCGACCCCGACGCCUCCCUCCACAACGGGGCGUGUCGGCCCAGAUGCCCCGCCCACUUCUACCGGGACGCCCUCACUGGAGAGUGCAAAGAGUGCGACCCCUCCUGCCUGACCUGCCUGGGCCCUCGCCCCGACUCCUGUGUCAGCUGCCAGUCGCACCAGAGGCCCGACGACAGGGGCCGCUGCCUGCCGCCGGCCCCCCACUGCCCGCCCCACCGCUACCUGGACCAGGACGGGGAGUGUAUCCUCUGUCACCCGUACUGCCACCAGUGCUCCGGCCCCGGGACCACCCACUGCUCUGCCUGCCACCCCAGGCACAUGCUCCUCAACGGCUCCUGCGUGGACUCGUGCCCUACCGGCUACUACCAGGACGACAGGGAGCACCGAUGUGAUCCGUGCCACCCCUUCUGUUUGUCCUGCACGGGCAAACACAGCCAUGAGUGUGUCCGCUGCAAAGCCCACCUCCUAAGGCAGGGCCAGGACUGUGUAGAGAGCUGCCCGGCCAGUCACUAUAGCGACGCUGCGUCCCAGGCGUGCCAUAGGUGUGACGCGGCCUGCGGCGAGUGUCAGGGCGGAGGGGACAGGGAGUGCCUGAGCUGCGCCCCCGGUCUCCUCUACCUGCGGAGCCAGCGCCGCUGCCUGCACACCUGCCCGCCGGACCACCACCGCGACCCCACCCACCACCUCUGCGAGCCCUGCCACGGCAGCUGCAAGACCUGCAUAGGUAAAGAGGCACGCAGCUGCGAGUCCUGUCACGACGGCUACAGCUUUAGGAACGGCGCCUGUCAAUCCAUGUGCGCGUUCGGACAGUAUCCAACACUACAGGACUCGGGUAACGGCUGUGAGGACUGCCACGGCUCCUGUCUGGAGUGCCGGGGCCCUGGCGAGGGGAACUGCACCGAGUGUCCUGUGCUGGCCAUCUUGGCAGCCGGAGGGCGCUGUUUGCCCUGCUGCCGUCUCCAGGAGCCCGAAGAAGAAGGAGAGGACGGGGCCUCCCACAGGAGCGCGGUGUCCCCUGGGGGUCCAUCCCAGCAUCAGCAGCAGGACUGUUGUAACUGCACCGAGACUCAAGGGGAGUGCAUUCUCGGCACCAACUUUGCCUUCAGAAACGAGGAGGAAGAGGACGAUUCCGGCGGCAACCUGGCCCUCUUCGUCACCAGCGGCCUCCUGCUGCUCCUGGGCCUGGGUGGCAUCGUCAUCUUCAUCAGACACUCGCGCUCCAAGACCACGUCGCAGCCCGACAUCAUCAUACCGCGCGGCUACGAGAAGCUAGGCGGCGGCGGCGGCGGCUUCUCGAAUUCCGGGGGCGGGGGUUCGUCCUCCCGUCAGUCCCAGCUGGUCGACCUCAGUGGGAGGGGCAAAGGCGCCGCGGACGACGACGACGAGGACGAAGACGACGAGGACGAAGACGAGGACAUCGUGUACAUGGGCCAGGACGGCACGGUGUACAGGAAGUUCCGCUAUGGACGGCCCGGCGAGGACAAUGAGGACGAGCUGGAGUACGACGACGAGAGCUACGCCUUCCGGUGAAGCGGAGAAGCCCUGACGCGGUGGGGUGGGAGUUUUGUCCUUUUGACGUGUCUUUGCUUCCACUGCCGCACUUUGUCUCUCGCCCCCUCUCCCUCUCUCUCUCUCUCUCUCUCUCUCUGAGCUGAUCGCCGAGAGCCGCAUUCUCCGCUGUAACUGCGGAGCCGAGCGAGACGAAGACGGUAGAUGAAAAGCUGUUUAUAACGAGCUGGUGUGUAUUGUGUCGCUUUUUUUCCAUUCACAAAAAUAUGCUAAAUAUGUGACAGGAAUAUUCUUGGGUGCCUUGCAGUCUGGGGAAAUGUGAAUAUUCCCUCCGAUAUGAAAGAUAGUCUUCAUGGGCGUUCACACUCCUGCUUUGUGAAUUUUUCCUCUAUCAUGUUAUUUAUCUUUUAGACGCUUGUGGUGUUGAAGUGGCAGUUUAAAGUUGCUAUCAUUUCUUUCUGUUACGCACUCUCCCUUGUUUGCUGAGGUGGCUUUUAAUUAGAAAAUGCACUGGUGUUCAAUUCAAAUAAACUCUCCUACUUUUAACCC